ACAGUUUCUGUUUUCUGUUUGUGAAACGUGGACGUCCUAUGUAGCAGCACAGACUCAGGCUUGAGAGCUGAUCAUGCCACUGAAAGAACUUCAUAGCUGGCUGAAUGCUGUGGUCUUUGGGCUCCUGCUUCUCCUCCUCCAUGUGCAGGGUCAAGACUCAUCGGAGGCCAGCCCCAUCAGAAACACACACACAGGCCAGGUCCGUGGCAGCCUCAUCCAAGUGAAUGACACCAAAGUUGGUGUCCACAGAUUCCUGGGAAUUCCCUUUGCCAAGCCACCUACAGGACCACUGCGCUUUGCACCCCCUGAAGCUCCUGAACCAUGGAGUGGUGUAAGAGAUGGGACCUCAUAUCCAGCCACUUGUCUGCAAAAUGUUGAUAUGACGAAUUCAGAGGGCCUGAAAAAGCUAAAAAUGACCACGCCUCCCAUCUCUAUGUCUGAGGACUGCCUGCAUCUCAACAUCUACACACCAGCUCAUGCCCAUGAGGGCUCUAACCUGCCUGUGAUGGUGUGGAUCCAUGGUGGUGCACUAGUUGUAGGAAUGGCUUCCAUGUAUGAUGGAUCCAUGCUGACAGCCACUGAGGAUGUGGUGGUGGUCACUAUCCAGUACCGCCUGGGUGUCCUGGGCUUCUUCAGCACUGGAGACCAGCAUGCCAGGGGCAACUGGGGCUACCUGGACCAAGUAGCUGCCCUACACUGGGUCCAGCAGAAUAUCGCCUACUUUGGAGGAAACCCUGACCUUGUCACCAUUUUUGGUGAGUCAGCAGGUGGCACAAGUGUGUCUUCACAUGUUGUGUCCCCAUUGUCCAAAGGACUCUUCCACAGAGCCAUCAUGCAGAGUGGAGUAGCCGUGUUGCCUGGUCUCAUCUCCAGCUCCUCUGAGGAGGUUUAUCAAACGGUUGCCAACCUAUCUGGAUGUGAAGCCAUAAACUCAGAGGCCCUGGUGCACUGUCUGAGAGGCAAAAGUGAAGCAGAGAUUCUGGUCAUUAACAAGGUCUUCCAGGUCAUCCCUGCUGUGGUGGAUGGGGAGUUCCUAGCCAGGCAUCCCCAAGAGUUGUUGGCUUCUGUGGAUUUUCAUCCUGUCCCCAGCAUCAUAGGUGUCAACAAUGAUGAGUAUGGUUGGAUCAUUCCUAUGGUCACGGGCUCUGCUCAGACAAUAAAGGAAAUAACGAGAAAGAACCUGCAGGCUGUUCUGAAGAAUACAGCAGCACAAAUGAUGCUGCCUCCUGAGUGUAGUGACCUGAUAAUGGAAGAGUACAUGGGGGACACUGAGGAUCCCCAAGUCCUCCAAAUACAGUUUACAGAGAUGAUGGGAGACUUCACGUUUGGGAUCCCUGCACUCCAAGUAGCACAUUUUCAGCGUUCCCAUGCUCCUGUCUACUUCUAUGAGUUCCAACAUCGAUCCAGCUUCUUCAAGGAUAUCAAGCCACCCCACGUGAAGGCUGACCAUGGUGAUGAGGUUCCUUUUGUCUUUGGAUCCUUCUUCUGGAGUGCGAAAUUUGACCUCACUGAGGAGGAAGAACUACUGAAGAGGAGAAUGAUGAAAUACUGGGCCAAUUUUGCAAGACAUGGGAACCCCAACAGUGAGGGUCUACCCUACUGGCCCAUGUUGGACCAUGAUGAGCAGUACCUGCAGCUGGACAUCAAGCCUGCUGUUGGCCGAGCCCUGAAGGCCAGAAGGCUGCAGUUCUGGACCAAGACUCUGCCCCAGAAGAUUCAGGAGCUAAAGAGAUCUCAGAACAUGCACAAAGAGCUCUAGUGCCCUGUGUGAAGAAUGGUGUGUAGCAUUGGCUGCUGUUGUGUUUAGCUUGAGGUUCCAAAAACAUAUUGAAGAAACUGAGUUGAUUCUAAUAUUCACAUAACCUCUGUACUUGUCUGUUCCUCUACAUUUAUCAUAAAUCCUCUGCAUGUGACUUUUAUCCUGCUGGGUCAUCUUUUGCUAGACCCACUCAAUAAAUGCUCCAAUAACAGUGUG